UCGAAGAGUUCAUUAAAAAAGAAAAAGAAAGAGUUCGAAAACAAUGUAAAAGGUUAAGAAAAAUCAUAAAAGAAUUUUUUUGCUUCACAUAAACUCAAAAAUACUAGGCGUUGCAUGAGCCUAUAAUGGGACCUGAAACAUAUGCGAGUUAUCGGAAUAACUCUUUUGCGCCUAGCAAUGAAAAGCCUUACUUGGGUUGGAAUUAUCCUCUGGAAUAUCAACAUAUGGUUCAUCAACAUUGGCGUUCAUUUCCUGUACCACCGAUUUACUAUCAUGUCUUUCUCUACAUUAUUUUUGUAUUAAUGCUCUUGGGUUCUUUAUUCGGUAAUGGCUUAGUUUUAUGGAUAUUCUUAACUUCAAAAAACUUGCGAACUCCUUCGAAUUUAUUGAUCAUCAAUUUGGCGCUUUUUGAUUUGACUAUGGCAGCAAAUAUGCCGCAUUAUUUAGUCAAUACGGUUUUGGGCUAUUUUCCAGGUGGAGACUUGGCUUGCGAUAUAUACGCAGUACUAGGUGGCAUUUCUGGUACUGGAGCCGCUAUAUGCAAUGCUCUUAUAGCCUACGAUCGUUACAAAACUAUAUCGAAUCCCAUUGAUGGCCGCUUAAAUUACUUUCAAGUUUUUUUAUUGAUUGCUUUGUCUUGGGUAUGGAAUAUACCCUUUUCAGUUCUACCAUUUUUUCAUAUGUAUGGCCGUUAUAUACCAGAGGGAUUCUUAACCAGUUGCUCCUUUGAUUAUCUGACGGAUGACGAAGAAACACGCUAUUUUGUUCGUGCUAUGUUCGUAUGGGCCUAUUGUAUACCUUUAAUAAUAAUUUGUACUUCCUACACGAAACUAUUCUUUCAUGUACGCGAUCACGAGCAAAUGUUAGCUGAACAGGCCAAAAAAAUGAAUGUCAAAUCAUUAUCAGCAAAUUCGAAUAAGGCGGGUUUAAGCGUGGAACUUCGUAUAGCUAAAGCAUCAAUGAUUAUUUACCUGUUGUACAUUUUCGCUUGGACUCCCUACGCUACAGUGGCUUUAUUGGGAACUUUCGGUUAUCAGCAGUUGAUAACUCCGUUUGCCUCGAUGAUACCUUGCUGUUGUGCGAAAGUGGUAUCUUGCAUUGAUCCAUGGGUCUAUGCUUACAGCCAUCCCAAAUUUCGUGCGCAACUAGAACAAAGGGUACCUUGGUUGGGGAUACGGGAGAAAAAUGCUUCAUCUAAUGCAACCCUUUCCGAAUCAAACAUGAACGAAGUUGAUGUCAGUACAUUGUCCGCAGUAAACUAAUGCUUGAAUACUUUUAGAAAAUAUUACGCAAUGAAUUAAAAAAGUUCCAAA